GAUGGACCAAAGCCUGCCAAGUUCAGCAACCUGCCUUACGCAACAUCACAAACUGGGCUUGUUUACGAUGUGCGCAUGCGCUUUCACGUGGAAGCAGAACCUUCUGAAGACGAUCUACACCCCGAGGAUCCAAGGCGAAUACAUGCCAUCUUCGAGGCUUUUGUCAACGCCGGUCUUGCUUGGAGAGAGGGCGAUUCGGGGCCCACUAGUGACUACUACAUGGGCCGUGUUGAUGCAAGGAUGGUGACCAGAGAAGAAGUGUGCCUAGUGCAUACAGCUAAUCACUGGAACUGGGUCCAAUCCCUCGGCGUCAUGAGUGCGGAGCAGCUGAAGACUGAAGAGCAACACGAAGGUUCCAGGAAUGACUCGAUCUACCUAUCGAACAGUACUCCAUACUGCGCAAGCCUUUCGGCAGGCGGUGCGAUUGAAGCUUGUCGAGCUGUGAUGCUUGGCAAGGUCAAGAACAUCUUCGCCGUGAUCAGACCUCCGGGCCAUCAUGCCGAACGCGAGGAUGCCAAAGGCUUCUGCUUUUAUGACAACGUUAGCAUCGCUACCAAGGUCUGCCAGAAAGAGUUCGGCGAGCGAUGUCGAAAGGUGUUCAUUCUUGAUUGGGAUGUCCAUCAUGGUAACGGCAUACAACAGGCCAACUAUGACGAUCCGAACGUGUUGUACAUCUCAUUGCAUGUGCACAAGCGAGGCACGUUCUAUCCAGAACACUCCUAUCGCGAUAAUCGAAUCGCUUAUGGUGAUCAUCUACAUUGCGGUGAAGGUCCGGGACUAGGCAAGAAUGUCAACAUCCCAUGGAGCCGCCAGGGAAUGGGAGACGCGGACUACAUUUACGCUUUCCAACAAGUGGUCAUGCCGAUCGCUACAGAAUUCAAUCCCGACCUUGUCAUCAUUGCGGCUGGGUUCGAUGCCGCAGAAGGCGACAUGCUUGGUGGCUGCAAGGUCACGCCGGCCGGCUACGCACACAUGACACACAUGCUCAUGUCGUUGGCAGAUGGCAAGCUUGCAGUCUGCUUGGAAGGCGGAUAUAAUCUGGAGUCGAUAGCCCGGUCUGCGACCGCUGUUGGCCGCACCAUGAUGGGCGAGCCACCAGACAGGUUGGACAAUUUGUCGCCGACGAACUCUGGAGUCGAUGAUGUGAAGCUCGUACUUCGCCAGCAGAGCAGGUUCUGGUCUUGUCUUUACCCCAAGGAUCUUUCAGCCAGGCUUAGUCAAUUGCGCGGCGAGCAUAUGCCCAAUGUUGUCCGUGGAUGGCAGGCUAAGACGCUCUUCGAGGAGUAUCGCAUGACAUCGCUCUUCGUACAUCGUGAGCAACUGGCAAAGGCAUUCGAAGAUCAAGUGCUUGCAACACCUAACUACGCCGAGUCUCGACCGUUGCUGGUCAUAUUGCACGACCCGCCGGAAAUCCUAGCAUCACCAGAUCCCAGGACUGGUAAGAUGGAGCUGCAUAACACUUGGCUGACUGAUGUGGUAAAGACGUACAUUGACGAUGCAGUAAAGCGAGGUUUUGCUGUCAUUGAUGUCAAUCUGCCAAAGCACGUGUCAGAGGACGACUCUGAUCCUCAUCAACACCAAGAGAGUGACAGCAUCGAGUCCCGGACGAAAGAAGCCACGCAGCUACUGACAUACAUCUGGGAAAACUACAUCGAGUUGAACGACAGCACUCACAUAUUUCUGAUGGGCACCAACACGGGCCACGGCGCCAUUUUAAGCUUCAUCAAAAGCCACGAUGAUCGUGCCCAGCGAAUGAUUACCAAGGCCAUAUCAUUUGUUGAAGAUGUACCUCUCACAUCAUGCAAGUCACUCGUGGGCAAUGACAUGCUUCCUUCUUGGUAUUGGAACCACUCGCUGGUCUUUGUGGCUGGCGGCCAUAACUACUGGGAAAGCGAAUACGCACGAAAGCCCAAGAAGAGAUUUGGCAACGUGUCUCGGAGUGUUUCCACGUCUAUCAGCGACAUGCUCGCAGAACAUCGAGAUGAAGUGCUU